AUGGCCGCCACCAAGGUCGGCCACGGGCUUGCCAAAGCCCUCGGGAUCAAGCUGAACUACCGGGACGAGUUGAAAGAGGAGAUCCGCCGUGGAGAGUCGGUGUUUUCGACCCAGACCGCAGGCGCAUAUGUCGAGGAGGAACCCAGGAGCGGGGAGUGGGUGGCUGGCCUCGUGCCCAGCGGGCCAGAGCUCGUCGUGUACUGCCGCUCGCUGUUCCCAUUCAUGGCUUGGAUCGGACGGUAUAAUGUGCAAUGGCUCCUCGGUGAUCUCGUGGCGGGUAAGCAAGAUCAAGACCGCCUCGCGGCAUAUCGGUUCCGUGUUGUUGACGAGAGAAAUAUAGGUAUUACCAUUGGUGCCGUGGUCGUCCCCCAGGGGAUGGCCUAUGCUGCUUUGGCAGCACUGCCUCCCCAAUUCGGGCUCUACUCGUCCUUCAUGGGCGUCCUCGUCUACUGGUUCUUCGCGACCUCCAAAGAUAUCACCAUAGGUCCCGUUGCCGUGAUGUCGACACUGGUCGGCCAGAUUGUGGCCAAGGCAGCCCAGACGAACCCAGAAAUCGAGGGGCAUGUAAUUGCGUCGGCUUUGGCGGUCAUCUCGGGCUGCAUUAUUGUAUUCAUUGGCCUGGUCCGAUGCGGCUGGAUCGUGGACCUCAUUCCUUUGGUCUCCAUUUCCGCCUUCAUGACGGGAUCGGCCAUCAGCAUCGCCGUUGGCCAGCUUCCGGGCAUGAUGGGAAUCAAGGGUUUCAACACUCGAGACGCCACUUAUCUGGUAUUUAUUCACACCUUGCAAGGACUCCCAAGGACGACGGUAGAUGCCGCCAUGGGUCUAUCUGCUCUGUUUUUGCUGUAUUUGAUUAGAUUCUCGUGCACAUUUGCGGCGAAGAAAGUUCCCAAGAGCAAAAAACUCUUCUUCUUCCUCUCGACCCUGCGAACCGCCUUUGUCAUCUUGCUCUACACGAUGAUAAGCUGGCUGGUGAACCGAAACCACCGGAGCAAGCCUAUCUUCAAAAUUCUCGGCGUCGUUCCGCGAGGCUUCACGGCAGCUGCUGUUCCACAGGUCAAUUCUUCAAUAAUCAAGAUCUUCGCCAGUGAUCUACCGGCUACCGUCAUUGUCCUUUUAAUUGAGCACAUUGCCAUCUCGAAAUCCUUUGGGCGCAUCAACAAUUACAUCAUCGACCCAUCCCAAGAGAUGGUGGCUAUCGGUAUAACGAACAUCCUAGGCCCGUUCCUGGGAGGAUACCCCGCCACCGGAUCAUUUUCCCGAACUGCAAUCAAGUCAAAGGCUGGUGUGCGGACCCCUUUUGCGGGUGUUAUCACAGCGGUGGUCGUGCUCCUCGCUAUCUACGCAUUGCCCGCGGUUUUCUUCUAUAUCCCGAACGCCUCGCUCUCUGCUGUGAUCAUCCAUGCCGUUGGCGACUUGAUCACACCCCCUAACACUGUAUAUCAGUUCUGGCGUGUUUCUCCGCUGGAGGUCCCUAUCUUCUUCGCGGGUGUGUUCGUCACUAUAUUUUCCAGUAUUGAAAAUGGCAUCUACACAACCAUCUGCUCGUCCUUUGCAAUCCUCGUCUUCCGAGUCAUCAAAGCAAAGGGCAGCUUUUUAGGAAAAGUAAAGGUCCAUUCUCUUGCCGGUGAUCAGAUUGUGGGCGAGGAUCAGAAAUCUUUUCUCCUCCCGGAAAACGGGAAUUUCACCCACUCGGGAGGCACCCACGAGGACGCAGCAUCACGCAAUAUUUUCCUUCCCGUCGACCACAGCGAUGGUUCCAAUCCCGAAAUCGAAGUGUUGGCACCAUAUCCAGGGAUCUUCAUCUAUCGCUUCUCGGAAGGGUUCAAUUACCCCAACGCCAACCAUUAUCUUGACCAACUUACCAAUACCAUUUUUGCAACAACUCGUCGUACGGAUCUUGACCAGUAUGCCCGCCCUGGUGACCGACCCUGGAAUGACCCUGGCCCACGACGCGGCAAGGCUGCUGUGAGCCACCCCGAUCGACCAACCCUCAAAGCUAUUAUCCUUGAUUUCAGCGCUGUUAACAAUGUCGACAUCACCUCUGUCCAGCAACUCAUUGAUGUCCGCAACCAACUUGAUAGAUACACCGCUCCCUCGGUCGUAGACUGGCACUUCACAUGCAUCAACAACCGGUGGACGAAACGAGCCUUGGUCAGCGCUGGAUUCGGUUAUCCUACCAUCCCAGCAGGCGAGGGUCACCUUCAACGUUGGAAACCUAUCUUCAGUGUAGCUGAGAUCGGAGGCUCGGAUUCCGCUGCUGCGGUAGCGGAGGCCACUACGAACGAGAAGGAAUUGCGAGAACACCGUUCGCGAGAACUCGAGCGGCCGUCCCAAGCUGAUGCCAUUAACCGUGAUUCUGAGAGCGGGCUAUCGAGUAGUGUCGAUCCCAAGGAGAUCAUCGUGAAAGCUGGAGACAGGAGGGCGGCCGUUGUGAGUGGAUUGAACAGGCCCCUGUUCCAUAUCGAUCUUACCAGCGCGUUGCAAAGCGCCAUUGCGAAUGUCGAUUCCAGGCAAGCCCUUGAGAGCCGUGGUGGCGAGGGUACGGGGGAGAUACCAUGA